AUGUCCUUCUACCUCGCCAUCGUGUCCCCCACCGACUCGCCGCUCUACCAGCUCUCCUUUUCCUCGUCAAGACCGCCAGCACCCUCCGCAGCCUCCCCGUCUUCCUCGUCAUUCCCGUCAUGGUCUACAUUUACCGCUCCCAACGGCGCAGACAAUACAGCGGCCGCGGACGGUGCGCGAGGUAGAUUAACGGGGGCUCUGCUCGAAUCAAAGAGUGCGCCAGAGAGGGAUAGGGCCAUAUGCCAGAUGAUAGCGCAUAUGAGCCUGGAUAGUGUGGAAGAGGUCAUGGAAGGAACUGGGGCAUUGUAUAUAAAAAACGUGGACAGACAUAACGAGUGGAUCGUCUCGGCCUUCUUGCCGACAGGAGUGAAAUUCAUUCUCCUGCAUGAUGUCAAGAAUGACGACGGCAUUCGAACAUUUUUCGUUGAGCUUUGGGAGAUAUAUAUCAAGGUUCUCAUGAACCCGUUCCACACCGUCAACACUUUUAUAACCAGUCCAGCAUUUGAGGCGCGAAUCAAGGCGAUAGCAAAGAAGCACCUGUAG